AUGAACGUUUCUCAAGUUCAAGAGCAAGAGACUACUGAUGAUGAUGAUAUAUCCAUUUAUCAAGAAAAAAUCUUUGAUUAUGAUCAUUUAACAUCUAAAAAAAUCAAAAAAAAUAUUAAAAAUAAUGUCCAUCAAACUCAAGAAAUUACUAAUGAUGAUGCUUCUCAAAAAAUUGUUACUAAUGAUCAAAUGCAAACAAAUAAGUCUAGAAACUACCAUCAAGGAGUUAAACAUCAUUAUGAUGUUAAUAAUGAUCAAGAAGAUGAUCUCUUACCUGAAAUUUCUUCAACAAUGAAAUCAAUAGAGAAAUAUGCAUCUAAUAAUAAAGAAAUUACCAAAAUAAUGUUUAUGCGAAGUCGUAAUCCUGGCUCAGAUGCAAUUGCAGCUGUCAUGAAAAUUCUAUUACCUAAACAAGGAAAAAAUAAUGAGAAUAUAAAAUUUUUAAAAGGACGUAGCUUAGAAUAUAUGGCACAACACCGUUCUCGUUUUAAUAAUGACCUUUGCUUUUAUGCAGAUGAAUAUAUAAAAAUAAAUAAUAUUAAUGUUAUGCCAAAUGAAGAUGCAUUUAUGUUACAUGUAAUACAUUGUCUAACAAAUUCUGAUAUGGAUAAUCAUCAUACAUUACAACAAGUAAAAGAGUUGGACCAUAUAACUAAUAAUCUGAUUAUUCCAAAUGUAACCCAAAAGAAUGCUUCCAACCAAAUUAAUAAUGUAUCAGAAGUAAUACAUAGACAUCAUACACGUAGAUUGCGCAAAUAA